GCUGGCGAAGCAAGCGGUGAUUGCCGAGGCUGCACUCCUGCCCUCUCGGUGGUUCGGUUGCGGCGGCUCUGCCCAUACCUGGCAUAGCCGGACGCGGGGCGGAGCCCAGCCAGGGCUGGGGAGGCGGGGCUGGCCAAUGGGAGCGAGAGAGCCGGGCGCUCCGGGCCGCCGGUGUGCCGAGGCAGGCUGCAGGUUGCAGAGCGAAGCGUCGUCACAUUCCUGUGAGGAGCCCAGCUGGGGCACGAGGGGGCGGCGCUCGCGGACUGAGUGGCUGCUCUCUCUCGAGCGAAGACCCGGGAGCAACUUGCUCCUCUCCAACUUGGAUGGUAGGAGGGAGACACACGGAGAGCCGCCGCUAAAGAAAAUACCCUGCAAGGGGGACGCCAAGUUCUGCACGGAGGCAAGUUCGCCCACUGGAAGGGAGCUGGUGACCUUGUGCCGCAGGGAGGGCGGCAGCAGCGGCAGCAGCAGCUCUGGGAGAGUGGAGGAGAGCGGGCAGCGGGCGGAGAGAAGAAGCCUCUCCCUCGGGAGCUGUGGGACUGGUUGCGCUCUGCAAAGAGGAUUUGCUCUGCUGUUUCUGUCCUCCCGGCUUAUGGGAGGGGAGACUCGGCCAGGGAAGAUUCACUGCAAUGAUCCAGAAAGUGUAAUCCUCUGCAUUUUUGGUGAUGGAGCUGAAGGUUUGGGUGGAUGGUGUCCAGCGGGUGGUAUGUGGUGUCUCUGAUCAGACGACAUGUCAGGAGGUUGUCAUAGCAUUGGCACGUGCUAUUGGUCAAACGGGUCGGUAUGUUCUUGUCCAAAGACUUCGUGAGAAAGAGAGGCAGCUUCUCCCACACGAGUGCCCUGUAGAGUUUUUGGCCAAAUGUGGACAGUAUGCCAACGAUGUGCAGUUCAUACUACAGCGUACAGGCCCUAGCCUCACAGAGAGACCUUCUUCUGAUAAUGCCCCCCAAGUACCCGAGAGGACGUUUGUCAGGGCUAGCCUGCCCAUUAAACCUAGGCCAGUUGGCACAGAAGUGUCCAGGCCUAAAAAAUCCUUAACCUUCAACUUGGGCCCCAUGGGCUCAAGUGAUCUGCUUGCAAAGAACAGGCUGAGGCAGCACAAAAAGGACGGUGCCAGUGGGGGUCUGCUUUCCAAAGAGGAGCUAUUCAAGACCAUAUUGCACCAACAGGAGCAUCUUUAUUCCCUGGAGAGGCAGGGAGAUGCCUUGGAAAUGGACCUCAGGCACAGGGAAUGCAGCAGAGGCUCCCGCCACGAGGAUGAGAUCCUACAUCUGGAGCAGUUGAUUCAGCGAAAUGAGAGUGAGCUCAGUGAGGAAGAAUUCUGGCAGAGUGAAUUGCGCUCGGAGAGAGAGUGUGAAAGGGAGCGGCAGGAAAAAGUACGCAGCUUGCGGGCCACCAUGGAGGAGUACCAGCAAAAAAUCCAUGAGCUUAUGGUCAAAACUGAGGCCUUGGAGAGAGAAAUCCAGCGAGAGAUUGCUGAGCGGGCCAAGAGAGCAAAGGAAGGCCCUGCCCAGAGCCCUGUUGAACUGGAGGAAAUGGCAGCCAAAAUGAAAAGGGACCUGGAAGCCAAGGUCAAGCAGAGUGCACAGUUGGAGAGCAGCCUGGAAACUGUGGGGAAGGCCUUGGAGGAAGUGGAACAAAGCCUUCAAAUCUACCCGAUCCCAGCGCAGACUCGCCUCCCAGAGCCACAGCCAAGCAGUUCCUUGGCAAUCCACGGAACCUUCAGAACCCCCUGGUGUCCAGCUUGAACCCUGAGGGUGUGUAUGUUUGAACUGGCCUAAGCCGCUUGUGUGCUUCAUGCCUGGUCUUGCCAAGCCGUCCUCCAAACAGUCUGUUCUUGCUUCGGUGAGGGCAGCUUUCAUCUGCAAGGCGGCGGCUCUGUUGCACACUCUCGCCAUCUGCCCAGUCUCUCCCUUCUCUUCCUCCUUAUCCACAGCUUCUUUACAAAAAGUCGCAGCCUGGUGGUCCUAUAGAUUUUACCCAUACGUUGUAAUAUGUUAGGGCCAACAGCAGCCAUUGGCAAGGGAGGGGAGCCUGAGACUGGGAGUAAGCAGAAUCCCUGGAAGUUGCUGCUGCAGUCUGAAAUGGCAAGCCAGGGCCAAGGCUCUGUAGUCCACUUUCGGCAUGCAGUGUGGUGGUUGGGCUGUUGAUGGGCAUUUACAAGUAACAUUCUGGCUACUGGCAGGAUGGCAUAUUGGAGCAGUUGCUUUGGCUACCUAGUGCUGUUUUGGUUGACGACGGUGUUUGCUCGUUCAAGGCUAUUUAAAAUACCACUAACAACUUGCGUGUGCAGUCGGUUUUGGCCUGAGCGCUCGCCGCCAAAUUUCUUGAGGCUGUCCAUACUUUACGAGCCCAAGCCCUUAAACAAAAGAGUUGAUGGGAAGUGGGUCUGUCUUAUUUGUCUACAGCAGGCACUCCCAACCUUGGCUCCCCAGAUGAUGUUGAAUUACAACUCACAUCAUUCCCAGCCACAGUGGCCUUUGGUCAUUGUGGUUGGGGAUGGUGGGAGUUGUAGUCCAAUAUCAUCUGGGAACCCAAGGUUGGGAACCCUGGUUACAGAAUAUGUGACUGGCUGGUUGUGUGUUGUGUGUGUGUUGCCUUCACAUAGUGCUUUUUAGAAAGCCUUUUAUGGCAGAGCUGAUGAGGGCAUAACAUGGAGUCUAGUUCAGUGAUUUUUUCCAGGGAAUAGUUGGUAGGCUUAGAAUAGAAGGAUUAAGGAAAAUAGUGUGCCAGUCUAAUUUUCACCCCAUCUGGGGGAAAUGGGCAAGAAUGUUGGCCAAAAUAUGCUGCUUUGAAAAAAAUUAACUGUCCAAUUUAUUUCUCCUGGGCGGGUCCCAUCCAUCUAGUCCUGUGGAAUAUUCCCCUAAGGUGUGAUGGUUUUUGUCCCAGACACAUUUAAUACCCCUCCCUGGACAUUCCCUCUUGACUGUCCACAGAGACUUUUGUUAAAAAGCAGAAAUAUCUGAAAGAUCUAGAAGGCAAUCCAAGAGCCAUUAUUUGAGCAUCAGAUCUUGAGCACUUAAGUAAUUGUUUCAUAACUUACUCUUUUUAAUGGAAUGUGGAAUCUUCAACCUCUUCACUAGAACCAGCUAGGGAUCCUAUAGUUCACAGUUAUGGCAUAACAGAUUUGUUCGUAUCUAGCUUGUGGCUUUGCUUUGUUAACUUAAGAGGAGAUAAACUUGAUGUAUCUUCCCCCUUCUGCUGGAGUUGUGGUUUUAUCUCUCUGGUUUUGAGGGUAUUUUCUGAGAAUGCUGGGUGGAUGUUUUGCUUUCAAAUAUAGGAGCGUAUGCUUAUGGAAUACAGCCUUGGUUUGAUUUCUAUGCUUGCAGUAGAUAUUAAGCGGGUAUUCCUAUAUGGUGAUGCUACAGUAAGGAUACGCUCCUUGCAUUCUUCUGCCAUGUGCAUAAUAUUUAUGAGAGAGAGCUGCCAAGUCUCAUAUUGUUUGCUUAUUUCAACUAUAUGAAGCCAUUGUGAAGUCUGCCAGUAUUUUUGUUUAACUCUGCAGUUGCAUGGAAUAGUAUCUUCCCCCACUCCCCCCUCUCUCUGUUGUCAUCGUCUUCUGGUUUAUCAAAAACUAAGUUAUCAUAAUGGGGUCACUUCAUUUAUUUUUGUAUGUCUUGCAGUCAUAUCAACAAGGCAGAGCAUCUGGAGGUAAAAAGGGCCAGCCAAGGAGGACUGAUUGCCUUGUGAGUGUAACUAUAUAGAAAUAGAACUCUUAUUUCAUAUAUAUAUUUGACUCUUAUCACAGAAGGAUGGUUGUAGAAGGUUGUGCAAAAGUAUUUUUACAGACUUUUUUAAAGAGAAAAAUUAACCCAUUUGGAGGAAACAGACUGGUUGUAUUUUUUUAAAUCUGUUUUGUUGUAAUCUAAAAUGAAGAUGCUGUUUGUGGCUUUUCUGAAUUUUAUAGCCUUUCUAUUUUAAGACAUUGUGAAAUAACGAUGCUUAGGACUGAACAACUGCCCUGGAGGGGAGUGAAACCUGCUGGGGAUGAACUAUCCAAAGCACACAGUAGCAAGUCCUCUACGUCCAUCCUGAAGGUUAUACUGCAAGAUACUGCCAUACAAUGAAGGGGUAUAUUAUCAGCCAGACCUCUCUACUGGACUGUAUCACUGCACUCUGGUGCUCCCUUGUACACUUCUUGUUCAAUAGCAGUUUAUCUCAUAUGUUGGAUACUUGGGGACAUACACAGCUAAUUUUAGAAUGGGAGAAAUAACUGUUCCAUACUUGGCAAGCUCAGAAACACAAAAAUGUCACUUUAGGCCAGAGAGAAUUCAUGGCCAUCAGCAGAUCCUGUUCAGGCUACUUUUGAUGCUGAAUUAACUUCAAGAAGGACCUUCAGAUCUGGCAAAGUGGGCUUUAGGUGCUAGCACUGUCUUGCCAUUUGUGCCUCGUGCCAAGUUUUGCAUCAUCUAGUUUCCAUAAAGAUGAUUAAAUUGCUUUACCCAAUAUAUAUUCUUUGUAUAGUUUGUGAUGAAAUAUAUGUUUUGAAUUCUAGAUUUUCCCAAACCCAGCCUGUAAAACUAACACUUCCCAAGUAGAUGUACUGCUGACAAUCUCAGACCUGUCCUAGUGUAGGCUGGCAACAAAAAAAGCUGUCCUCUUGUUGUAGAGCAGCUGACUUCUGGGUGUCUGUAUCUUGAUCUUCCAUACCUAAAGAGUAGCUUCUGGGGCUGUGCACAAACCGGUUCAGAGGCCCUUUUACGAACCUCCAAACUGGUUCAAAAAUCCGGUGGUUCAGCCAGUUUGACGGUGGGGGGGAUAGCUUUAAGGACUGGGGAGGGUGCUUCCUCACCACCACUGCCACCACCACAUUUCCCCCAUGGGCACUGUGUUAAAAUGGUCCUGCAGGGUGGCAGUGUAACUCCUUGUCGCCCCAGUGCACGUCAGACCAGAAGUACCCUCAGAAGUACCUGGUGCACAUGCACCAGGUACUUCUGGUCUGACGUGCACUGGGGCAGCAAGGAGGUGCGCUGCCGCCCCGUGGGACUUGGUUUUUAGCACAGCGUUGGCAGGGAAAAUGUUUCCGAGGUGGGUGGGUAAGAGCACCCUCCCCGGUCCUUAAAGCUAUCACCACCACCACAUUCAAAUCGGCAGUCACCGGUUCCGUGCACAUCCCUAGUAACUUCUGCAGUGCUACCUGUAUUGUAUUGCUGAAGAGAUCAGGCCAGUGAAGCACUGGUAGUGCAAUACAGCACUACAGAUAGUUUCCCUCUAAUGGUCUAUACUUUGGCAUUUAAACUUCUGCCGUUUGAAAAGAAUGCACACUACCAAGAACAUUUUGGUGAAGGAUAUGGCUCAAGAUGUUAACUAAUGUCUCCUGCAAACUGAUGGGAUGGGAACCUUAGCCCUUUAGCCUGUUCUAAUGCCCCAUGCCACCUACUUGACCUCAACUUGCAAGUAGGUGUGUGGGCCUGGUUCAGGAAAUUCCUAAAGGUGAGGAGGGAAUUGAAAGCAGCAGUGGAAGCAAGAGGUGUGUGUGUGUGUGUGUGUGUGUGUGUGUGUGUGUGUGUGUGUGUGUGUGUCCCUCAUUCACAAUAGCACAUUCGUCUUGGAGUUGCAUUAUACAGAUCCAUGCAGGCUGUUGUUGAUGGUAUAAGAGACCAACGUGAGGAGGAGUGUGUGUGUGUGUGUGUGUGCGUGCACAAACACACAUGCAUGCUUGGCAGUGGCAACUUGCCACUCUUAAAUUGGGGAUGUGGUUCCUAGAAGGGAAAACAACUUUCUACUCAUGUCUUCACUGCUUUUAGUCAAUAAGCUUUUUGCAUUAUUAGUUAUAGUGUCUUGAUUAUGUGACCAGACUUCAGAGUGAACUGUGAAGCUGAAUGUGCCAUUUCCAGUUCAAUAUGAACUUCAGUAUGGGCAUGCAGCCUGCUGCUACAAUUUAACUAUUAUUUGUAACAAAGACCUCUUAUCCAACAAAACUAUUUUUAACAGAAGCCUUUAUAUGAGCCAGAUUGUUUUUAAAGACAUGACAUCCAGUUGCCAACACUGGCACCAUCCUUGAGGAAACUUCAUUGACGAAGUGGUAGCACAUUUUAACCUUAAUAUUUUGGAUUGCUGCUGAUUAUUCAACAGCCCAAGAAAACAAAUGGUGGAGAGCAGAACUAUUCUGCUGAAAGCAGCCAAAUUGCAUCCCUUACUAUGCAUGAGGCUGACUGUAUUCCUGUUCUGUGAAUAUCAACAGAAAAAUAAAGAAAGAACCACUUUGCUGUGCAUACUCAAGAAUACUAGUUAUCAUUCUAAGUAGUGCAGAACUCCCAGGAUUCGCACCUUGCCUGAAGAAGGGCAGGCAGUGUGGUUUUCUGUUUGAUCAUCUUAAAAUUUCAGACAUGGGUAGAAUGUAAUCAUUCCUCCUUUUCAACAUAUAGUGUGCACUCUUCAAUCUUUGGUUCAAGGUAAGUUACAAAAACAAAACAGUGAGACUUUUUUCCUAGGUGAUAUGGCUGUACCUAUUCAGCAAAACAGAAAAUCCAGCUUUAUUAUAAUUAGUUAUAAAAUAUUUUCAACUUUUUUGGUGCUAAUAUUUUAAAAAGACAGAUCUUGCUUACUUUGCCAGGUCUUAAUGGAACCCUAUAUUUAUAGAAAAGGGAAAUACAGCCACAAAUGGAUUCAAAUGCAUUUAAUCCAGCAACACAUUUUUAAGACCACCUUUAGUUGCAUAUCCAACCUGUUCCUAAAUAAUAAGCAACAUUUUCCACACUUAUGACAGCAGCACAGAACACGCCCCAUGGGUGUCGUUUAUGGAGGUAUGUGUUGAUGAGUGAGAUUGCAUGAAAUUGCUGCUGCUACCCGUACUACGAAUAUUUAUAUACUGCUCUUCAACCAAAGUUCCCAAAGCAGUUUACAACUUUACAUAGAAAUAAUAAUAAUAAAUAAGAUAGUCUCCUGUCCCCAAAGGGCUCACAAUCUAAAAAGAAACAUAAGAUACCAGCAACAUCCACUGGAGGGAUGCUAUGCUGGGGUUGGAUAGGGCCAGUUGCUCUCAUUCUAACCUAAGCUGAUUUGAUCUACAAUAGAAAGAAUAAACUAACUCCAUUUUUUAAAAAUGUGUGAUGGACGAUACCUUUAACAGCUGCAUGUUCUUGGACUGUGAUAUAGGGAAUGAAUUAACAAUUACUGGUAACGUUUACUGUUGAACUCUUUGGCCAGUAAAGUCGCAUUGUUUGUGUGUUUUAUGUUGUCCAAAGCUGGUGCAUGUUCUCGCUGUGAAUCCAAGAGAGGCAAUUCUAGGCAUGGGAGGGCUGAAUGAGUGUUUGGCUGGGAGAACUUGAAUAGGUCUGGAAGCCCCAACCUUGUUUUUAAAAUGUCUUAUAUGUAUCAUACAUAUGAAAUGUGACUUUUAUUAUUUUGUUGAUUAAAAAAAUGUUCCAUGUAUGAAUGUAUAUCCCAUGCACUAAUGACAUUAUCUGGUUUCAAAAUGUAAUAAAAUUCCUGAAAAUAAUUUGCAUAAA